AUGGCCGUGAUCACGGAGGUGGAGAGUGACGACGAGCUGCCACCGCUCGUUGGCAGUGGAUCACAGGCGACGACAGCAUCGCACACUGCAUCGCCGCCGAAGCAGGAGAAAGCGCCGUCCUUCUCCAAGGAAGCGCAGAAGGCGCAGGAGGACGACGAAGACGAUGAUGACGAGCUGCCGCCUUUGAUCAGCAGUGCAGCGCCGUCGCAAAAGGUGGAACCUCCUCCUCCUCCUCGGCAAGGGGAGGUGCCGGCAGCGAAGCCGGCGAAGACCACUGAUACGAUUGCAGAUUGCAAAGUGGCGAGAGCGCCGAGGGAAGAGGUUAGUCAAAAGCCACCCUCCAGUCCAUCUGGCAGAGGCCCGACCGGACUUGGAAGUAGCGCGCCUUCCAUUCCGGCGCCCAAGGUAGACGCUCCCAAAGCCGCUGCAUCGACGCCGGCAGACCCUGCGCCCGCAGAGCUGUCAGGUGAUCGAAUUGCGAACAAAGAUGACUUGGACGACGCUCUCGACAUCUUGGAAGACGGCCACUUUGAGGAGGCUGAGCUGUUGGCUGGAGAGGUUCAGCGGCAGGCAGCAAAGGACGGGAAGGCAGAAAGAGAAGCGGAUGCUCUCCGGGUGGUCACCAAGGCACGGAUCAAAGCAGCGGAGGAAAAGGGCUUCGAUGGAUUGCCAGACAUCGAGGUUCUCGAACAGGCGCUGCAGGCUGCCAACAGCGAGAUCUUCACUUUUGAAAAGCAUGGCGAAAUCGUGGCGAAGGCCAUCAUGCAGCUGGCUUCGGCAGAGAUCUAUUUAGCAAUGGACAGCCAUGCGCAAGCGCUGCAGGUUGCGCAGCAAGCCCUGUCCAUGAUGCAGCAGGCGGAUGCCUCGAACGUACGAAUGGUCAUGGCUUACCGGUCACUGGCGGAUGUCUACUUUGCCCAGGGUCGCUUCAGUCUGGUCGCGGCGAUGGCACGUGAAGCCAGGGCUUUUUCGACCCCGACGCCAGCCGACAUGGCUGAAGCUCGCGAGCUUUCCGCUGCCCUUCUGGCUUGCGCGAAGGCUCGCAAUGCUGCGACGGAGGGUGCACAAGCUGUUCAGCCAGCACAAGAGGCAUGUAAGCUGCGGGAACGAAUGGGCGAUCCCAAGGGAGCGGCCCUUGCUGCCUGUGAAGAGGCCAAGGCCUAUCACAGUGUGAAAGCCCAGGCGGCAACCCGAAAGGCAGCACUCAAUGCCGUGGCGUUGGCGAAGGAAGCUUGUGACAGCAAGACGGAGGCUCUCGCCUGGCAUUGUGCCUGUUUGGCUCACGCUGCAGCAGGGCAGAAGCUUGACGCCAUCAAGGCUGGGAGGCAAGCGUUGACUCUGGCGCGGGAGGUCAGGGAUGUGGAGGUCAUUGGUACUGCCCUUCAGGCUUUGAUGCAGGCCAACGGCGAGGAGGAGAAAGCUGCUUCCAUUGCGGAGGAGGAGCUGAUGAUGGCGAAGAAAGUUGGAGACCGACGCCGUGAGGCGUAUGCGCAGCUGAAGAUGGCGCAGGCCAUGAUCGCUCAGGAUCGGCCUCGGGACGCCCUCCGGAGAGCUACCGAAGCUGCCGAGAGGUUGAAGGAGAUGGGCGACCUGAAGGGUGAAGCGAAGGCUACACAGCUUCUCGUCGAGAUUCAGUGCCAGGCCAGACGUUCAAUGGAGGCAUCGCGGACGGCGAAAGAGGCACAGCGUCUCUUCAAGGAAGCUGGCGACAUGAAGGGAUGCGUCGGCGUCCUGCAGAUCCUCACCAGCCUUCAUCUCGAGGCAGGGGACCCUCAUGCUGCGAUUCAGGCAGCCCGUGACCAGGUCAAGCUCUUCAGGGAGGCAGGAUUCAAGGAAGAGGAGGCCUCAGCAACCCUGGGUCUCGCGGAGAUGACGCAGCAGACCAUGGGACCACGAGAUGCCUUGCGUCUUGCUAAAGAUGCAGCCUCUAUGUUCAGUACUGCGGGUGAUCUUGCUGGACAAGCACGUGCUCUUGCGCAAGUGGCGCAGAUGCACCUGGGGCUCAAAGCCAACACAAACGCCAUGCAGGCGGCGAAGCAAGCUGAGGAGCUGGCCAGGAAGUCUGGGGAUGAAAAGGUCCUCAUCUCUGCGUUGCAGGCAGUGGGCGAGGCCUACUCCUCUGCCGACAGGUUCAAUGAGGGCAUCGAUGCCGCCAAGGAGGCUCUACAGAUGGUCGAGAAGGCUCCGGUAAAGGAAGAUGCGGCUCGUGCAGCCGCUCUAGCUUGCAUGGCAAAUGUGCAGCUGCAAGUCGCCCACUAUGAUGUGAACAACCCUGGAGCGCGGAGUCGACCGCGAGGGUUAAAGGAAGCCAUGAAGGCUGCAGAGGAAGCACUGGCUUUGCAUCGGAAACUUGGCGACCGAAACGGCGAGAUCACUGGCAUCCAGCGCAUUUUCCAUGCUCACCUCCUCAGCCAAGAUGGGCCGAACUCGCUUCGAUAUGCGCGAGAGUACAUGGAGCUUGCGCAGGCAACCGAGCAUAAGGAAAACCUGGGCAGUGCACUGGUGUCCUUGUGCCAGGGCCAUUUUCUUUGCCGAAAUUGGGAUGAAGCAGAGAGGGCAAACUUGGAAGCUCGAACAAUCUUUGAGAAGUCCCGCAUGCACGAAAACAUCGAAGUGUGUGAUCAGAUCAUGCGGGAGAUGAAGCAGGAGAUGGAACGAGACAGGCGCCCAUCGCAACCCAUGGGCCGAGCAAACGCAGCCCAAGGGGCUGGACAAGGCUACAACUCUUUGCUGCCGGAGAGGCAGUCAUCCCGUGCCCAGCAAGACGGAGUUCCAUCGGGUGGCUUCCGCGGAGUCCCGGCAGGUGGUUUUGGCAGCAGUGAGUCUACACAGGUCAGCCAAAGCCAAGCCCAAGCAUCCACGCGAAGCGGAAGCGCCAGCGAGAAGAUGGCCAAAGGCUUCUCCGAUGGGCUUCGUGGCGCCUUCAGCAAAAGUCAAAGCGGCUCCAGUGCCACGGGUGCGACGGAUGCGGUUGACAGGGCGAGGACACCAAACGGCACCUCGAAUUACAGCAGCAACAGCAGUAGCUACGCUGCGACGAGCAACGGCAUUGGAGGCCACUCGGCACCAAGUGCCAGCAGUGGCGGCAGAAGUGCCGGCUUCGGUGGGCGAUCGUCUGGUUAUGGUGAGUCCAGCGGAUCACGCUAUAGCGGCAUGGGAGGUAACAACUCUGGAUAUGGAGGCGCCAGAGGUGUCCCUGCCGGUGGCUUCGGCAAGUCCGGAGUGCCAGCAGGUGGUUUUGGCGCAAAUCAAGGUGUACCGGCAGCGGGAAGACCAGGUGUGCAGGCUGGUGGUUUUGGCGGGGCAGCUGCCUCGAACCAGCCUCGGCCCGGCCGCUCGGCCUUCGCCGGUUUUGCCGGGCAGCGAGGCCUCGGCGGCCGAGGAGAAGAGUAA